UACGGUGGAUAGUUGUCUCAAACCCCUCGAAACCCCCCCGCCGCUGCAGCAACCUGUUUCUCUGCCGGCGAUCCAAAGUUAGUCAGCAAGUGGCAAAUGGCCGACGCGGAGGCGAAGGAUUUGAUUCCUGAAUCUGUUCUGAAGAAGCGAAAGAGGGAAGAACAGUGGGCUCUUGAGAAAAAGGGAAAGCUCGAAGAGAAGCGGAAGAAGAAUCGCGAGAACCGCAAGCUUAUCUUCAAGAGGGCGGAACAAUAUGCGAAGGAGUACGCGAAUCAGGAAAAGGAGCUAAUUCAGCUAAAGCGCGAGGCAAGGAUGAAAGGAGGGUUCUAUGUGUGUCCCGAGGCCAAGCUUCUUUUCAUCAUCAGAAUCCGCGGUAUUAAUGCUAUUGACCCAAAGACUAAGAAGAUUUUGCAACUUUUGCGUUUGAGACAGAUCUUUAAUGGCGUGUUCCUGAAAGUGAACAAGGCCACUAUUAACAUGCUUCGGAGGGUGGAGCCUUAUGUUACCUAUGGCUAUCCUAAUCUAAAAAGUGUGAAAGAAUUGGUUUACAAGAGAGGCUUUGGGAAAUUGCAGAAGCAAAGGAUUCCAUUAACCAACAAUUCCAUCAUUGAACAGGGUCUUGGGAAGCAUAAUAUUAUUUGCAUUGAGGACCUCAUCCAUGAGAUUUUCACUGUGGGCCCUCACUUUAAAGAGGCCAACAACUUCCUAUGGCCAUUCAAGCUGAAAGCGCCACUUGGAGGCCUAAAAAAGAAGAGAAAUCAUUACGUGGAGGGAGGAGAUGCAGGGAACAGGGAGAACUACAUCAAUGAGCUGAUCAGAAGGAUGAACUAGGUUCUAGUGAUUCCGGCAUUCAUCCAUUUUUGUUGUUUGAAAUGAGACAUGAAAUUGUGUUGCAGUUUUGGUGCUUAUAAUUUUUUAAAGUUUUUAAUUUUGUCCACUUGCUUUAUUAUUGACUAUAUUUGAAUUGAAUUGAAUUUCCUCUAUCCAUGUUAA